UGCCAAGGAGAUGGGGAAAAAAGGAAUUGGUUUACAGCUCUCAAAAGGGCCUUCACUUCAAGCUCUAAAGAUAAAGAUAAGCUGAUCGAUGUGCCAGAUAAGAAAAACAUAAAAGAGAAGAAAAAGUGGGGAUUUGGAAGAUCAAAGCAUGGAGAGAUCAAUUCCUUUAUUCCCCUCUUCAGAAAACCAAGCAGCAUUGAGGAGAUACUGUGUGAUGCUGAGAGGGAUCAACUCCACAGGAUACAACAAGCACCGCAAAAGAAGGUUCAGCCGCUCAAGUCAAAUGCACCUGCUCAUGCACACUUGUUGGCACCUGCACCAAAACCAUUAAUCACUCCAAUCUAUGUUCAAAUGUCAGCAAUCAAAAUCCAAGCAGCCUAUAGAGGUUACUUGGCUAGAAGGAACUACCGAGCAUUAAAAGGAUUGAUAAGACUUCAAGGUGUGAUGAGAGGGCAGAGUGUGAAGCGUCAGACCGUGAACGCAAUGAAAUGCAUGCAGAUGCUUGUAAGAGUCCAAUCACAAAUACGUACGAGGAGGCUGCAGAUGAUGGAAAGCAGGAGUAUCCAACAGCACCAGACCCCACGAAAGAGUGACAAGGAAUUUGAAAGCAGCUUUGGCAAAUGGAGCAUAACUCACCAGUCAGAGGCAGGAGGCCAUGAGGAGUGGGAUGAUAGCAUGCUAACGAAGGAGGAGGUUGAUGCAAGAAUGCGAAGAAAGGUGGAGGCACUCAUCAAGAGGGAAAGAGCUCUGGCCUAUGCUUACUCUCAUCAGCUAUUCAAAGUGUCGCCCCAGUCGGCCCACGCCGUCCUGACCGAUCUCCGCUCGGGUGGCUUCCCCUGGUGGUGGAACUACCUCGAACGCCGCCUCUCCCCCGACCCGCAUCCCGAAACCCCGGCCUCUCGCCCCAUCCCCAUCCCUCGAACCCCCAUCACCCCCUCUUCCUCCUCCGCCCACCCCUAUCCGCGCCCUCUCAGCCGCGGCACCCCUCGCCCCGCCUCCGCAUCCAAGCUCAAAACCUCCCUCUCCACCUCCUCGCGCCGCUCGGACCACCACCCCUCCUCCGCCGGCCUCCGGGACGACGAUAGCCUCACCAGCUGCCCGGCCUACACGCUGCCCAACUACAUGACCCCCACCGCCUCCGCCAAGGCGAAAGUCCGCAGCUUCUUGGCCGCGGAUCACGAGGGCAAGCGCCGCUUCUCGUUCGGGCUCGGCCAGAGCAUCGGGUCGCUGCGGUGGAGCAAAGGCGGGUCGCCCUUCUCGGUGGCCAAGGACGCCGGGUCGCAGAGGAUGGGCACGGCAGGGAAGCACAAGAAGACGUUCUCGGUCGGAGGGUUGAGCGUCGACUCCACCGUCUCUUUGCCCGCCGGCGUUGGAAGAAGGCCGUUCAAAUAGCAAGUGUAGGUGUGGUAUUUGAUUGCUUGAUUUAACUUCUGUUGUUACUUACCCUUUUAUUUGGCUUUCGUUUGUUCGUGACCAUCCAAAAGAAGAAGAAGAAAAAAAAAACAGUUGAUUGAAGUGAUGCUAUGUUGGAUUUUGUUGCUUGUUUGGGGUUAGUGGUUGUAAUAAACCAUCAACAUGAGCGUGGUUGUAAUAUUUGGAAAAUAUUGGUCUUUGGUAAGCACUUGACACUACAAUCUACAUGCAAAGCGAGCUUGGAUUUU